AUGGGCGAGGUUCGCCGUACUUUCAUGGUAGAGCUCGGAGAGGAGCGCGACGCAUCGAACUCACGUUGUGUUUCGUCGGCAUUCAAGAUCCUGGGCCAGAAAUGUCAAUGCGCAAAAGAUGACGAGCACAGGAGAUUCCACAUGGGAGCCUGUAAAACUCACUUUCCAACGGUCCUCAGGGCCAUCCACAACGUUGGAACUGGCCGAGCAUAUGAGUGGCAUCAUGAUUGCAAUAUUGUGUCCCUAAAAGGUGACAAAAGGCCCUUGAACCGUGCGCGGGUUCAGAAUGAAGACCUCGUAUUCUCGCAUAGUAUACAAAUGCAAGACGACGAUAUAACGACGGCGAAAAUGAUUCAAAAGGAGACCCUUCGACACGAAUCAGGGGGGGCUCCUGGGAAUGACUCCCUAGCCAGACGUUCCGAGGCAAUGGUCGAGUACUCAACCUCGCAAGCACUGGGUGGCUGUGGACAUGGGGCUUUGUCAACAUUGUCAACAUCCUCUAUCCCAAUGCAUCUGAAUAUGUCUCAAGCGUUUAAAGGCCUGAGCAAAUGUGUUGGCUCAGAAGAUGGUCAACAAACGACGUUUGUUGAUUCUAUUCGCCCCAAGCAGAUAUGCUUGCUGUCGUCAUGUUAG